UGGUCUGAGAUUGAAAUAGCAAGGCCUGGGAUUUUCUGUUUGAGUAGCCCCCUCGAGUCAGCCUCAGAGGAGCCCAGACCUCCUGGAUGGCUUUCGGUGAGCCUCCCAGUGGGCACGGCACUCGCCACCAGAUGCUGCAUGGACUCAGCUUCCACAUUGCCACGGGUACGACCUGGUCCUUGCACUACCAGGGGCAACGAGGGACGCUAUGCCGUGGGGUGAGUACUCUAUCUCAAGACAAAGCAGUUCUCCAGUGUCUGCCCCACUUUUCCAUAAACCUGGGAGUCCAGCCCAGUGCAUUGGCUGAAAGGAGAGGAGACGCCUCCUGCUCCAGCUCAGGGCGCUCUGCGGACCCCACUGCCUGCCCCAACCCUGGUGCUCCGGGGGGCCCCAGUGCCAUAGAUGUGCUUCAGGGGGAGCAACUGGGGCUGUUCCAGAGGACCAAAAUGGGCAGAGACCCUAAAGAUAUCCAUGGAUUGACCCCUGCUCUCUGUGGUCCCUGCCUGGCUGGCCUCCCCUCUUCACACUCUCCACAGUUCUCAUGCAAUGCAGCACCUCUAAAAAUGCUGUCCUAA